UCUUUUGUACCGAAACGAGCUUUAGAAAUCUUUAUGGUCCAUACUUCUUAUGCUUGUUUUAUGUUUUCUCAACUUCUCUCUUCAAACUUAUAGGUAUCGUGCCAUAACAAGUGCCUAUUACCGAGGAGCUGUCGGUGCGCUUCUUGUGUAUGAUGUUACCCGACACUCCACGUUCGAGAACGUCGAAAGGUGGUUAAGAGAGUUAAGGGAUCACACGGAUCCCAACAUUGUAGUCAUGCUCAUCGGUAACAAAUCAGACCUCCGUCACCUUGUGGCCGUCUCGACCGAGGACAGGAAGUUUUUUGCCGAGAAAGAGUCCAUCUACUUCAUGGAAACCUCCGCUCUCGAAGCUACAAAUGUGGAAAAUGCAUACGCCGAAGUUCUUACACAAACAUACCAUAUCGUGAGCAAAAAAGCCAUGGAAGCGGGCGAAGAAGGGGCUAACUCGGCUGUUCCCUCCAAAGGUGAGAAAAUCGAUGUCUCCGCGAUGAAGAAAGGGGGUUUCUGUUCAAGCUAG